UUGUGAUCGGCUUCAGGAGACACACAAACCACAGGAUGGCCUCCUGUGUGUUUUCCCUCCUCUUCUUGAUCUUCCUGUUUCCCACCAUUGCUGCCGCCAAUCCCACUGGCCUCAAAGUGCGAGUCACAGACAAAGCGCAGAAUGUUUUGAAGGAUGUUGGUCUGGCGUUUGUGGAGGAGGUGGUUAACAGACCUCUUCCUGACUUCCCAUGGAAGUGGGGGUUCCUGAGUGCAACCAUCAAAAGGUUGACAAUAACUCAUCUUCAUGCAGAUCCAGGUCAGAUGGUUCUUCGUUUCCAAAAAAAUUCUGGUCUCCAUUUUACAAUCAGGAACCUGUACUUCAAAGUGGAGCUUGAACGAUCCAUUGCUGUGCACAUAUUAUGGACUAAGUUCAAAGUUGACACAAGGAGAGUGGUCUUUGGGGGAGAAGGUGUGAGCGCCACGAUCGGAGUGAACCCGUAUCGAAAGGGAAACGGUCGCCUGAAUGUCGCAAUACCCUACUGUCAUAUCAGAGCUGAUCACAUCCACAUGAGGCACAGCGGCAUUCUGGGGCCUAUCUGGGACUUACUCAGACCACUUGCCCACUACCUCUUCAACACCAGGCUCUGUUCUGCCAUUCAGAGGAUCAUCCUGCCUAAUAUUAACACCAUGUUGGCGGGUGUCAGCACGACACUGAAACUGCAUGAUGGCUACUACAUCGACUACUCUCUGAGCGGAGAUAUCAGAACGACCUUCUUCAGCCUCGAUGUGCCUUUUAGAGGUUUGGUGUUCAGGCAGGGGGUGACUAUGGACAUCAAGUCAAUAAAAACAGGCACAGAACCAGUUUUCAAAGAAAAUUACAAAAUGGCUUAUGUGGGCAUCUCUGAGUUCGUCUUCAACAGUGCCGCCAUGUCGCUCUACAGAUCAGGACCCCUUAAACUCCAGAUUCCACAGAUAGAUCCAUCAACAAAUCGUAUUCUGGAAACUGUGGGACUUCCUGUGGGUCCUGUGAAAGUGAAGCUCACUAAGCCUCCGAUUGUCAGCAUCCGUCAAAGCGGACUCACCGUCUACGUGAAGGCCAGAGCACAAUCUCUAGUUAAACAACGUCUAACACCUCUUCCUUUGACCUGUCAGGUUGAUCUGAAGGUCAAUAUCAGAGGAAAACAUCUGGAUCUUCUCUCUAAAGAUGCCAAGUGUAAAGUCCAACCUCAAACAUUUGGGGGAAAACUUGUGGCGCCACUUGUUAACAUCGGCCUCAACAGAAAGAUCACAGAUGAUCUGAUGCGCUACUUUGAUGAAGGAUUAGUGGUCCCUCUUCCAAAAGGAGUCUUCCUCACUCAGGGAAACAUCGACUAUCAAAAUGGCUUCCUGGUGAUCGGAGGGAACCUGAAGCUGACUCCUGCAGAGAGGAAGAACGUGGUGAGAGGAUUUGGUAAAAAGACAGAGCUGUGACUGUGAAGAAUCUCAGCAGCUCAGUGAUGAACCCGACUCCUUCCUGUUUCUGAUUUCAGUCUUACAGUUCAGAUACUGUGGCACCAGUAAAGGUACCAGCAGAAAUACUGUUAGCAGUCAGAGCUCCGUACUCUGCUGCAGGUUUUUAAUUUUACUAGUUUCUGAUUCUUUCUCUGCAAUAAAAAGCUUCAGCAUCA